AUGGAUCCUGCGACCUCCUUUUCUUCCCUUCCACCCGAACUAGUCACCAAGAUCUGCGCUGAUCCUGACCUUUCGAAGGAAGAUCUCAUUGCUCUCCGCCUGACUAGCAAAUCUCAAGGAAUAUAUCUCUCUGCUUCCAAGGAGCUUGGUAAACGUUACUUCAAGAAAAUCAAUCUUGUUUACACACGCUACAGUUUGCAAGCUUUCGUGGAGAUCUGCAAGAACCCUGCUUUUGGCCCUGCAGUCCGAGCAGUUGGAUUCUCUUAUGCUCGAUUCCUGCCAGACUGGUCUGUGGAAGACAACAAGGCUCGGUUAGCUGAGUUGCGAAGCCGCCGUGGCUAUCUGGAUAACAUCCGAUUACUCGUCAACCGUCGCGACGAAGAAGAGGAGCUCAAAAACCUGGGUGAUGCUGAAGAUAUCCUUGCUGCAGCUUUUACCUCACUUUCACACUGGCGUCGUCCUCUGAGUCUUACUGUGUCAUCCUCGGAGUCUCAUGCACUAGGCCUAGAGCGAAUCUGGAGUCCCGAAUACAUAGGCGGAGAUCCGCACUGGGCGUGUGAUGUGAUCGGGACGAUCAGACUGCUUUGUCACGCGGCCACUCGGGGCACAUGUGUUGUGCAAAGGCUCCGGGUAUAUGGUUUUGUCUGGAACUUGGUCGACAGCUCGUGCGGCUCACUGAGCAAAGCCCAACUCUCUGAGCUCAGUUUGAGCAUCCGGGUUGCGGGAUUUCCGAGCAUCGCACAGGUUGCAGGGCUCGACGACAUGGUGACCAAGCUGCUCAAGAAUGCAGUCCACCUGAAAACCUUGCGUCUCGAGAAUCUUGAUUUGGACGACCACUACUAUCUUCACAGACCCUUUCAAGAAUGA